AUGUCAAAGAUGAUGCUGCCCUUGUUGCUCGGCGGGCUCGUCGGGCUCGCGGCGGCGCAGUUCCCGCCCACGCCCGAGGGAAUCAAGGUGCUCAAGUCCAAAUUCCACCAGAAUGUCACCAUCUCGUACAAGGAGCCCGGCAUCUGUGAGACGACGCCGGGCGUCAAGUCGUACGCCGGCUACGUGCAUCUGCCUCCCGGCAUUCUGGACGACGUCGACGGCGAAGCGCAGGACUACCCGAUCAACACCUUCUUCUGGUUCUUCGAGGCCCGCAAGGCACCCGAGAACGCCCCGUUGGCCAUCUGGCUCAACGGCGGCCCCGGCGGGUCGUCCAUCAUGGGCCUCCUGGAGGAGAACGGCCCCUGCUUCGUCAACGAGGACUCCAAGACGACGCGCCUGAACCCCUGGAGCUGGAACAACGAGGUCAACCUCCUCUACAUCGACCAGCCCACCCAGGUCGGCUUCUCCUACGACACGCCCACCAACGUCACGAUCCACGAGGCCCUGGACCCGGACCUCGGCCCCGGCAUGCACAUGUACCCGGCCGACUUCGGCGACGGCGGGAGCCUGCCGGAGGCCGGGAACUACACGUACCGGUACGGCACGGCGUCGAGCCAGGAGACCUCGCACACGGCCAACACGACGGCGCACGCGGCGCACGCGCUGUGGCACUUUGCCCAGACCUGGUUCUUCGAGUUCCCCGGCUACCGCCCUGCCGACGACCGCGUCAGCCUCUGGGCCGAGUCGUACGGCGGGCACUACGCGCCGGGCAUCUUCCGGCACUUCCAGGCGCAGAACGAGCGCAUCCGGGACGGGUCGUCGGCCGAGAGGAACGCGCGGUACAUCCACCUCGACACGCUCGGUAUCGUCAACGGCCUCAUCGACCUCGCCGUCCAGGGCGAAUCGUGGAUCACCUUUCCCUACAACAACGUCUUCAACCAAUCCAUCCACGACCGGCUGUUGCACAACUGGACGCGGCCGGACGGCUGCCGAGACCUCAUUCUCGGGUGCCAAGAGGCCCUCAAGGAACACGGCCCGCUCGUCGCCAAGGGCGUCAAGACGAACGCCACCGAGGUGUGCUGGCUGUUCCUCGAGGAGUGCGGAUACAGCGCCGCGAUGCUGUACCAGACGAUCCCGGACGGCAAGGGGUGGUACGACAUCGGCCACGACCGAAACGACCCCUUCCCGGCGCCGCAUAUGUACGGCUACCUCACCGAGGGCGAGGUCCUAUCGUCUCUGGGCGUGCCGGUCAACUAUUCGGAAUCCUCGGGGGCUGUGGGCAAGGGCUUCGGCCAGACGUUUGAUAUGAUCCUGGGCGGGUUCGGCGAGUCGAUUGGAUACCUCCUCGACAACGGAGUCAAGGUCCACAUGAUGUACGGCGACCGCGACUACGCCUGCAACUGGGUCGGCGGCGAAAAGGCGAGCCUGGCGAUCCCCUACAGCCGGUCGGCCGCCUUCGCCUCCGCGGGCUACGCGCCCCUCAUCACGCCCGACGGCGUCACGGGCAUGACGCGGCAGCUCGGCAACUACAGCUUCUCGCGCGUGUUCCAGGCGGGCCACGAGGUGCCGGCGUACCAGCCCGUCGCGGCGUACGAGAUCUUCAUGCGCGCCACCUUCAACCGCGACAUCGCGACGGGGCUCGUGCCCGUGACGGACGCGCUGGCGACGGUCGGCGUCCGCGACACGUGGCACAUCAAGAACGCGCCGCCGCCGCCGCCGGACCCGAUCUGCUACGUGCUCAAGCCCGAGACGUGCCGUCCCGAGGUGUGGGAGAGGGUCGCCGACGGCACGGCGCGCGUGAAGGACUGGUAUGUGGUCGGGGGGGUUGGUGAUGACGGUGAUGAUGAUGAUGAUGUCGAUGCGCAGAGUGGCCGGUCCGACGGGCAAGUUUCUGAAGAGCUGUAA